CGCGCGGCCCAGGGGAAGACCACAUAGAUCUCAGCAGAAUGCCACGACCGUCGAGUGUUCUCACCCUUCUUCCACUCGUGUAUGGGAAUCACUUUACGCACGGCGCUUUUUGAGAGAAACUUCACUUUUUGUUUUUCCUCCAGAGGCUCGGAGAGUGCGGUGGAAGCGGCGGAGACCUCCGGAUCACGAAAUGUUGGGAUGGAAGGCGCAGACUUUGACUCGCCGUCUCCGACCGGAGUAUGAAGCCCUACUUCACGGGAUCUCCGAGAGUGAAACCCUGCCGCCGCCGCGGGAUAUCGCUGCACGAUUUCGGGGAGCUACUCUAACGUGGGAAACGGUGACCAUCGCGCAGUCCCCACAACAUGGCCUCGGCUGCUAAUGCGCCCUCCGAGCAGGAAAACAGAGACCCCGAUCGGCCGAGAGUAACGCGGAGGAACAGGGGGGACUAUACCCGCGGCACACCGCUGGAUUUGGAGUAUUUGCAGCGGCCGAGCUACUGCGAUGCCGGCUUCGCUUUGGAGCAAAUAUCAGAGGGGAGGGCGACCGGGAGGAAAGCUCCUCUAUGGCUGAGAGCGAAGUUCCAGAGACUCUUAUUUAGGCUGGGCUGCUACAUACAAAAGAACUGCGGAAAGUUUUUGGUGGUGGGCCUCAUGAUUUUCGGAGCUUUCGCUGUGGGCUUAAGGGCCGCUAAUUUGGAGACGGACGUGGAGAAACUCUGGGUGGAAGUUGGCGGGCGUGUGAACCAGGAACUGAGGUACACGCGGCAGAAGAUCGGCGAAGAAUCCAUGUUUAACCCUCAGUUGAUGAUCCAGACGCCGCGGGAGGAGGGAGCCAGCGUACUAACGGUGGACGCGCUCCUGCAGCACCUGGAGUCAGCGAUGCGAGCCAGCAGAGUUCAUGUUUACCUUUAUAACAGACCAUGGAAAUUAGAAAAUUUAUGCUACAAAUCAGGAGAACUUGUCACGGAAACUCAUUUUAUGGCUCAGAUCAUAGAAAAUCUACAUCCCUGCCUCAUCAUCACCCCUCUGGACUGUUUCUGGGAGGGAUCCAAGCUCCAUUCUGGGAUAGUCUAUCUCCCAGGUAAAGACCCUCUUCAGUGGACCAACUUUGACCCUAAAGACUUCCUUGAAGACUUGCGAAGGGAAAAUUUCCCCGUGGAAGCUUUUGAGGAUAUGUUGGAAAAGGCAGACGUGGGACACGGCUACAUGGAUAGACCCUGUCUGAACCCUGCUGACCCCGACUGCCCCCUCACCGCACCCAACAAGAACUCCACUAAGCCGUUGGAUGUGGCGCGGGCCCUGAACGGUGGCUGCCAUGGUCUGUCCAGGAAGUACAUGCACUGGCAGGAGGAACUGAUCGUAGGAGGGACCACCAAGAACGGCAGUGGACCCCUGCUCAGUGCCCAGGCCUUGCAGACCAUGUUCCAGCUGAUGACUCCCAAGCAGAUGUUCGAGCACUUUCGGGGCUACGAAGAGGUUUCCCACAUCAACUGGAACGAGGAGAAGGCAGCAGCCAUAUUGGAAGCCUGGCAGCGAAAAUACUCUGAGGCGGUGCUGCAGAGCGUGGCAGCAAAUUCGUCUCAGAAGGUCUUGUCUUUCACCACAACCACUCUGGAAGAUAUUCUCAAGUCCUUCUCUGACGUUAGCGUCAUCCGCGUGGCCAGUGGAUACCUGCUGAUGCUGGCCUAUGCGUGUCUGACCAUGCUGCGGUGGGACUGUGCCAAGUCUCAGGGCGCUGUGGGGCUGGCGGGCGUCCUGCUGGUGACACUGUCGGUCGCAGCAGGCCUGGGCCUCUGCUCUCUGCUUGGCAUCUCCUUCAAUGCUGCAACCACGCAGGUGCUGCCCUUCUUGGCUCUGGGAGUAGGAGUGGAUGACGUCUUCCUCCUCGCUCACGCCUUCAGUGAAACUGGACAGAACAAGAGGAUCCCGUUCGAGGACCGUACGGGGGAGUGUCUGAAGAGGACCGGGGCCAGCGUGGCCCUCACCUCCAUCAGUAACGUCACAGCAUUCUUCAUGGCAGCCCUCAUCCCCAUCCCAGCGCUGCGAGCCUUUUCUCUGCAGGCUGCAGUGGUUGUGGUGUUUAACUUUGCCAUGGUGCUGCUCAUCUUUCCUGCCAUCCUCAGCAUGGACCUCUACCGUCGAGAGGACAGACGUUUCGACAUCUUCUGCUGCUUCUAUAGCCCAUGUGCCAAUCGUGUGAUCCAGAUUGAGCCUCAGGCAUACCUGGAUGGGGCGGACGGGAGUCGUUACAGUCCUCCCCCGUCCUAUCGCACCCCACCUCCCACAUAUCGCACUCCUCCCCCAAGCUACAGUAGCCCUCCUCCCUCCUACAGCAGCCAUGGCUUUGCCCAGCAGACUGAAAUCACCAUGCAGUCCACAGUGCAGCUAAGGACAGAGUAUGACCCCCGAACUCAGGCCUUCUACACCACAGCCGAGCCCAGAUCCCAGAUCUCUGUGCAGCCCAUCAGUACAGCUCAGACCAGGAGCAACCCAAGUGACUAUUACUGCAGCAACACCAACGGCAACCGGAGCAGCAGCAGCAAUCUCAACAACAACAAUAGCGGGAGCCGGAGCAAUGGUGGGUCCCGAGGUCCUGCCACCUUUCCCCAUCAUCACCCCGCACCUCCUCCUCCAGCCCAGGCUGCUAGCUCGCUUCAUCAGUGCGAUGUGGCCUCGUCAGCAGGUCAGAGCCCGGAGAACAACAGCUCCACACGGAACCUGUUGUCCCAGUUUGGAGAAGCCUCGCUGGGCCUGCACUGCCUCGAGCCUCCCUGCUCCCGCUGGACCCUGGCUUCUUUUGCUGAGAAGCACUAUGCUCCGUUUCUCCUGCAGCCCACCACCAAGGUGGUGGUAAUCAUGCUCUUUCUCUGCCUGCUGGGCGUCAGUUUGUACGGGACCACCCAGGUGAGGGACGGCCUGGAGCUGACGGAUAUCGUGCCCAGGGAGACCAGCGAGUACGACUUCAUCGGCGCCCAGUUCAAGUUCUUCUCCUUCUACAAUAUGUACGUGGUGACGCAGCGGACCGAAUACGCCAAGAACCAGCCACUGCUGCACCAGCUCCACCGGAGGUUCCACACUGUCCGCUACGUGCUGAAGGAAGACAAUGGGCAGCUGCCGCGCAUGUGGCUUCACUACUUCAGGGACUGGCUGCAAGGUCUGCAGCAGGCGUUUGACAAGGACUGGGAGGCCGGCCGCAUCACCCUCAACAGCUACAGGAAUGGCUCUGAAGAUGGCGUCCUGGCGUAUAAGCUUUUGGUGCAGACAGGACGCAGAGAAAAGCCCCUCAACUUCAACCUGCCCCCUACCCCUCCUCGUCGAAACCCCCACCCCUACUCCUUCCUUCAUCUUCCUAGCCCCAUGAGUCCAGCUGCACCCCCAAAACUCUCCCUGCCUCCGUGA